GGCGCCCGUAGAAGGGAGAGGAUAGGUCAGAGAUGGGCAGGGACUGGUGGCAUAGGUAUGGUAGGGAGAGAAACAUCCCAGUGGGACCUCCCCUGGUGGUCUCUGUCCUCCCCUGAGUCAAGGAGGCCAGCCACUGUCCGGUCCUCGCCCUGCCUUUGACCCGCUGUGCAGCCUCGAGCGGCUCUCUCCACCCCUCCGCCUCUGCUCCUUCUGCUGUGAGAUGAGAUGAAUGACACCUGUUUUGGGGGGCUGUUGUGUUAAUUUAGUGAGGUGGGGCGUGUGUGGAGCUUUGCACACUAUGAAGAACAAGAAAUGUUUUUCUUGGAACACUCACGGGUUUGAAAGGAGAAACUGCUUCUCAGCCUUCCUGAGUCAAGAGCAUGAAAUUUGGUACUGCCCAGGAAUAUUCUGCGGGAUUGGACUGAAUUCAGGCAGAUGGCAAUCUCUCCGUGUCUCCUUUGCCCUCAAUCCUCACUUUUUUCAUGUUUUGCAUGACCUGAGAGGGGUGGCUAAGCGAUGCUUGGAGGUGGCGCUAAAUUCUCUUGUCCCAGUCCUGGGUGGCAGCGGGGAUGUGCUGCCACCUGUGGUCACUGCUGCGCAUAGCGCCCAGACAGGGACACGAAUAAAAGCCUCUAGUUACCGCCCCCACCGCCGCCCCGCCCUCGCGAGACUCGUGCAGUUUGAACACCACAUUUCUUAAGUGCCUAGAACCUGGAACAAACAUAGUUAGCUGAACCCUUCUCUGGAUUCUCCUCUAGGGCCCAGAGGCCUUCUGACAUCCUCAGUGUGGGUGGAGGGUCUGGUGGAUGGGGCGUGGGCCCCAGGAGCAGUUCCCCUUGGCUGGGCAGGAUUUCCUGUUGCUUAGAGUGAAGGAACCUUGACCUCUCUCCUCCCCCCUCGCACUGGCUCUAAGAAAGGCUCCUGAACUCAGACUGUAACUACAGGCCUGGGGAGUCCCUGGCUUCUUGGUCACAGCUGAAGCCCUGGUAGGAACCCCCCUGGGGACGCGGCUCCAGAUCAGCCCAGCCUCCUCCCUCUGGCUUGACACGGGGAGUAAGAGCAGGCCACCUGGGCUAACUCUGAGCACUUGUUCUUUCUAAGCCUCUGCUGCUGGUUGGCAAGCAUCAAGCUCUGUAAAAAUAUAAGGCUUUGGGGAAGUGGCCAUGGAGCCAAGAGGAAGUAAGUAAAGUGAUUUUGUGCAACUCUGCAGGCAACAGUUGAGUCGGUGAGAGCCAACCCCCGGCCGAAGCCGCCACCUUCCGCCUGCCUGACAUCCUGUCUCAGCGGCCACCUGCACCAGUUCUGGGGCUCCAGAGUCCUUUCCCUGGGCCCCUGCUAGUGCUGCAUCUCGCUGUCAUUGCAGGCUGGUUGAAGGGCUUUCCCAGGCUUUUCUGAGAAGCUGUAAAGGGUCAGAUGAACCAUCUCUGGCCAGACGCUCAGGAUUUUCAACAGAACCCCCAAGGGCAAAGUGGCAGCCUUGUGGUUGAGUUGGGUUCAGCUGUAUCAGCCCAAGGUGGCUCCAGGCCAGGGUCCGGGACACAAGAGGCCCUUCCGCGAGGACUCCAGUUGCUUUUCCCCUGAUUCAGGCUCAUGGUUCCUUCCAGACCCUCUCCUCCUCCAGGGAUUUCAGGUUCUUUUAGUAGAAGUGAAACAGACAUGGCCUUUCUUUUAGCUGGGAAAAUCCACUGAGCCACUUAAGAUUUAUUCUUAAAAAAUGUUUUUAUGUGGCACCUUGGUCCAACAAAAAGUUUUCUUUCUGGCCCAGAGCUCCCCCUUGGGGCCCCAGCCCCUCUAGCAGCCUGCUCGCCCAGUGUCUCUGAUUGCUCUAUCUCUUCCUAACUCAGAGUUGGGGCUGGACCUACACUGUAUGUGUGCUUUGUUCCCAUACUCUUGGUUGCCACUCUCUUUUCCAGACAUGAAUUUAGAAUCUCCAGUUGAUAAUACAGUGACUUCAAAUCCAGGGACUUCUUACAUUUAUGAAAGUUUGUUUACUUGCUUAUUCAUUUCCUGAAGCCAGAAGUGUGGCUUCUAAUGCCAGAUCUGCCAAUUCCUCACUCUGCAACCCAGGGGCAAGUUACUUAACCUUUCUGAGCCUCGGUUUACUCAGCAGUAAUGAUGGUAUUUAUUUCAUCAGAGAGCACUGAGUGAGAGCAGGUAUAUAAAAUGCUCAACAUAAUGGAGGGUGCUUGGCAGGUCCUAGCUGAUUUCCUGGCGUUCUGUCCCCAGUGCUGAGUUUAUGUCCCCUGGUUAACUCAGGUGUCUUCCUGUUCAUUCAUUUAUCAGUAUACGGAGGCCCUACCUGCUGCCAGGCUUUGUGGUCGGGGCUAGACAUGCAGAAAUGAAAAGUGGAGGUCCUUGCCCUCCAGGAGCUCACAGGACGACAGAGGAGGGUUUGGAUAAACACAGCAUGGGGUGGGGGUGGUGUCUGCUGAGCUUCCUUCAUGGUUCUGUUUGAGAAGAAUCUGGAAGGAAAAGUGCUUCUUUUCUGGGUGGAUGCGAGGGAGAAGGGACUUCCUAGCCGGAAAAGAGUGUGCACACAGGGAAGAGGAAGUGAGAGAGCGUGCUCUGUGCCCGGGGGGGGGGGGUGUGUGUGUGUGCACAGCCUGGCGGCACUGAUGGUUUCCCGUGGAAACAGGCGACCGGAGGCUGCAGGGGCUGGGAGAGCCCGUUGCGGAGGGUCUCAAACGCCAUCCCGAGCAGUCUGGACUUGAUCCUGGGGCAACACGGAGGCCUUGGGGGGACUCGUGUCUGGAGCCUGGUUAGGAGGCUCAGAAAUGAGGAAGGAAGUUCCACGACUAAGAGUGGCCGUGGGCUGUGCUGGGGGCAAUGGGGAAAGGUGACCAUCCGUCCUGGUCUCUCUGUCCUCUUUCCCUAGCGGCCCUUAGGUGUUCAAUCUGGAGGCAGAAGAUCACUCAGGGCCCCGUCCUGGGCCAGGAUGUUAAGUGACUGUGAAAGCCUUUCCCUUCACCCCGCAGUUCAGCCCCCCGAGUGGCGAUGGGUUCUGUCUGCACAGAAAACACAAAGGAAGGGCUUCCCUUGUUCAUGGAGAGAAAACUCCCCAAGUUUGUGCAGAGGAUUCGGAAACAGUUCCCAGGUGGGGAAAGGUAGCCGGGUCGGUGGCCCCAUCCGUGUCCCCAGGCUCUCCUUUCUCCUGUGGGUCAUUCUCUCACAGCCUGUCCUGCCCCCAUCAUGCUGCUCUUGGAACCGAUGUUUGGGCAAAAACCCCUCUCCUCAGUUUCUGUAGCUCAGCUGAGACGGUGGUUCCACCAGGACUCGCCUGGAAUCUGAACACACACACGGUCCGGUUUCCAGCUCCAGCUGUCGCAUCCACCCCUAACAGAUGGGCGCACCUCCCGUGGGGUGGAUCCGUGGUUCAGGCACUUUUCCUGGUCUCCAUGACCUUCUGCCUCCCCCCAGCUUCUGGCCCACAAGCACACAAGGGCCAUGAUCUUUUUCUGUCCACAUGCAGGAGCUGUCCACUGUCCACUGUCUGACCCAAACACGGAGCAGAUGUCUGUGCUCAAGUCUGCCACGGCCCAGUCCCUCUGUCCUCGGCCACCUCAGGCUGGCCUGAGAGGCAGACUGGGGCUGCCAGUCCCUCCAGGAAAAACGCUCCUCAGCUGUACCAUCGCCACAGCCAGGCAGCACGCCCCACCCCUACAUGAGGGUCUUUCUCUCACAUGAGGUUAUUUGGUGCUGCUGGGUGGCUGAGGGUCGGGGAGGGGUGGCUGGGGUACGUCUUUUACAGUGAGUCACCAAGAGUGAGAAGGCCUUUUUUCGGUAGCACGCAGCCUUCUAGAAAUCUCGCUCUCCAUGACUUCCUUCUCUGAAGCAGAGAUAAAGGUGGCAGUCACGUGGAGACAUGUGAGAGGCCGCGUUGGAGGCUGGGGGAGCUUUCACGUUUCCAAGGCGCCGGGAUGUGGGCCCAGAUGAGACUGGAAAAUGCUGGAGCGACAGAAAUGCAGCUGGAGAGGGCUGUCCCUUAAUGUCUGGGGAGUUGGCUCAGGGAUACAUGGCAGGGCUAGCAGGGAUGAGUGAGCCACGCCAGACAGACUCGGACAGACUGGGGAUGCGGCAGAGGGGGUGGCUGGGUGAUGCAGAAGGAGGGCAACUGAAGCAGACCCGGCAGGCCCCGCGCCGAGGCAUCUCACCAGCGCCCCCGUGAGAAGUGUUUGUUGGUAAAGACCAGAACAGCACUCCUGUGAUCAUUGUAUUUCUGGCUGUACAGAGGUUGGUGCUUUAGGUAAAUAUUAUAAACCGUUCAAUCCACUGGGUGAGCUUAGGUCCAACUGUUCCUUCUGCUGUCUGUCCAAAUAACCCUUUGGGGCAGCACUGGGAAGCACCUGAACCAGGUGGACCCCAAAUUCAAGUGUCUGAUUCCCAGCAGUUAAGACCAGGUGAGCAACUUCAGGGAGAGGGUCUGAUUCCUAGACAGACAGCUGUUCCUGCAGGGCUGGGUCGGGCUUGGGGCAGGCGGGCAGGAGAAAUGCGAUGUGAUUAUGCACACGUGUUCCUCUUUCCCUCCCUCCUGCGUGGCUGGUCAUCCCGCUGCCCCAUGGUCCCUCAGAUAGGUUUGACACAAGCUGGUUGCCAGCCUGAGGGCAUGGCGGGUGUGUGGGCUAAGAAGGGGAGAUGGAGGGUCAGCAGAUGUGAGGCUUAUGGGAGGUGCUGAAGUUUUGCUCAUCUGAACAGGGAAUCUUAGUUUGUCCCUUUGGCAAAAGAUCUUUGAUGCAAAGGCUGGGUUCCAGCUGUGCCCAGUGGAGAGUCAGCUCAGGUGGCUGAAUUCCCACUCCCUGCUGUUAUGCACUGUCUGACUCCAUCUGGGCUGAUGUAACGAAAUACCAAAGACUAGGUGGCUUAGGAAGAAUGUAUUUCUCACUCUUCUGGAGGCAGAGAAGUCCAAGGUCAAGGCACCAGGAGAACCCGUGUCUCGUGAGAGCGCGCUUCCUGGUCCUUAGAUGGUGUAAGGAGCGAUGGUGCUCGUGGGGGGGGGGGUCCCUCUCUUAUAAGGACACUAAUCCCAUUACCGAGGGCUCCACCCUCAUGCCCUAAUAACUUCCCCAAUCCCCCACUCCAAAUACCAUGACUUUGAGGGUCAGAUUUCAACCUAUGACUUUUGGGGAACACAGUCCGUCUAGAGCAUGCACUCAGAAAGAGUAAAUUCUGGCCAAGGUUAGGAGCCAGCCCUCUCAGUCUAUUAUUUGCUCCUCUGCGUGUUCUGUUUGCAUCCUUAUCACGGGACCUUUCUGCUAAGCUAGCAGAAAGCCAGAACAUGACGUUGUCGGUGCUCCCAGCUCCUCGCCCACCCAGUGCUGCGUUCUUGUCUGGCCUCUGAGUCGAUGAAUGCUGAGCCUUCUCCAUACCACGCACACCACCCCCUCUUCUGCUCUUCCCAUCUUCUUGCUGAGUGUCCUUGGCUCUGCGCUUCCUCUUGGCCCAUCUCACUUCCUGAAACACCACUGAAGAGGGUUGCUUAUCUCGAUGGAGCUUCAGUAGACCUCCAGGCGCAGGGGAACUAACAGCGGCAGUGCUUUCAGAUUCAGCCCACAUAGAACCGUCCUCCGGCUCCUGGGGCCCCGCACUGAGGCUGGAAGCGAUGGCCCUGUGAUGGGCUCUCUCUAAGGACAGGGAGUCCUACCGGAGAAGAGCAGGAAUGGUCAAGUCGUGAAUUCUAGACUGUGGCUGCUGCACCUGGACCUCUGGCAAGAUGUCUGGCAAGAGCUAGGCUCACUGGUUCACACAGAUACUUUCGGCACCCCUGUUGACUGGGAGGCUCUUCUUGGAAAGCAAGAUGCCGGUCAACAGCACAACCAUGUCAUUGGCCAACAUUACCUACAUCACCGUGGAGAUUCUCAUCGGGCUCUGCGCCAUAGUGGGCAACGUGCUGGUUAUCUGGGUGGUCAAACUGAACCCCAGCCUGCAGACCACCACCUUCUAUUUCAUUGUCUCCCUCGCCCUAGCAGACAUUGCUGUGGGGGUGCUGGUCAUGCCUUUGGCCGUUGUCAUCAGUCUGGGCAUCACAGUUCACUUUUACAGCUGCCUUCUCAUGACCUGCCUGCUGCUGAUCUUCACCCAUGCCUCCAUCAUGUCCUUGCUGGCCAUUGCAGUGGACCGAUACCUGCGGGUCAAGCUCACGGUCAGAAUGUUGUCAGGAAGAAUGGUUUAAGGAGAAACGGUGGCUUUCAUUGGCUGAGUCUUUCUUUCAAGGUCCUAGACACCCUUCAACACAACCUUUGCAACCCCAUGGACUCUAACUGAAACACCAAGUGUGGUGCAAAUAGAGAAGCAGGGGCAGACCCAGAUGGAGGCGGGUGUGGGAGAGGCAGAGUAUAAUUUAUGGACAGCAGCACAACAGUCAAAGCCAACCACACAGCAGGCAAACGCGCUUUGAGGAGACUAUUCCUCCCCAGGUAGGCGAUCCCAGGAGACUCCUGUAACUUUUACCUCCCAGGAACUGAAGAAUUCUUGGGCUGGAAGUGAAGCUGUGAGUGGGGUAUACAAGCACCUGACUCUAGGCAACUACUACUGGUCCACUGUAGAUCGUUAAGCGUUGGCUGGAUUUUUCUCUAAUCAUUGUCUACUCUAUCUUGUCUUCACAUCCAGUAAAGUUUAGCUGCAAUCCCCACAGAAUAGCAACACCCUGCAGCUCCAUCUCCCCUCUUCACCCUUUAGCAAUUCCUGCUGUGAACUCACCGACUCUCUUCCAC